AUUUAUAUAUUUUGGUUGAUUUUUCUUUUCACGACUGAUGAAUACUAAAAAUAAGCAAGAUUAAGUAUAAAAGUAAAAAAUCUAUUGGAAAUUAAAACUUAAUUCGCUUAAUUUUCGUUACUAACUUGGAGUUAUUGUGACGUCACUGUAGAGUUGCCACCAUGACAGAAAUAUUCCUCAAACAUACGGCCACACGGAUUUGCGCUAAAUAUAAACAUUUAUUGAAACAUCUCAUUUAUUUUUAUUAAAAAUGAAAUGCGUGGUGCCCAAUUGCAGAAAUGCUUUUGUAGGUAGGGCCAAGCGGGACCCAGAACAGCAUCAGCAGCCUAUUGGUUUCUUCAGUUUCCCCAAGUGCCCGGAAACAUUCAAACUUUGGCUUGCCUUCUGCGGUUACGAAAAUGCACCCAAAAUUAAGAAUCCCUACAUUUGUAUCGAGCAUUUCAAGCAGGAGGACAUAGAGGGAUCUCUCAAGUUCGAAAUGGGACUUGCUAAAAAACGAACUUUACGGCCUGGUGCAGUGCCUUGCAUCAAAAAAGGUGACAAGAGUGCCUCUGAAGAAGCACGCCUAGAGGGAAUACAACGCCGCGAGAACAAGCGCCUGGUGGACGAACUCCUGGCGGAGGACGAGGCGAAGGGCUAUACACCCGGCAAGGUGGAGCCAACGCCCAACUACGUAAGAUACACCACAGGAAUCGCUUCUGCUCCCGACUUUGUUACGCCACCGCAAGAUGACGAUGACCUGUUCGAGGAUGCCUUUCCGGAGUACGAUCCCCUGACGUACCAGGAAAAGAUUAGGUGCCGCAUCUGCUACCAGGAUUUGAUGAAAGACUCCUCAGCAAAAGAUCUCUUCGAUGAGGACAACAGCAUCCUGCUUUUUCACAUAGAAGUCAUCAGCGGUGUCUGGAUUAGCCAAAUCGAAGGAGAACCUCACAUUAUUUGCCAAACAUGUCAGUCGUCACUCCACGAGGCCAUUGAAUUCCGAGAAAUGUGCGUAAACACGGAACUGAGGAUAACUCAAGCACUACCCGAAAUCGAAGUUACGGCAAUCGAGUCUGAGGAUGAAGAAUCACUACCACUAGAGUCUGACUUUAUCCCAGGCGUGGAAGAUCAAGCUAAUGAUCAGGAGGAGCCUCAUAAACCCGAAGUCACAACCGAUAUUCAGCCAAAAGAAGAGCCCAAAGAAGAAGUUACAGACGUUGCUUCACAAGAUCCGCUUAGUGUAACUCCCGGAGCCAGGAUUUUCAAGGAUCUGAUCGACCAAUACACUGGGCUGGAGAAAACGAGAAACAGAACAAAAACUGGAGAUUCCUCGGAAAGAAAACCAAAACCUCCGGCCAAACCUCGAAAAAUGCAAGUCCGUCAACAGAUAACAAGAAGAAGGGCCAAUCCAAAGACCAAGGAGGAGAGAAAUCUGAUACGUCGCGCCCAACUUCGCGCCAAGCCGCCUAAUUUUGUGUGUGAUCAGUGCGGCCAGGCCUUCCGCAUGUCGCACAACCUGCGGAUCCAUCAACUGCGCCACACCCGCACCAAGAACUAUCAGUGCCCCGAGUGUCCGAUGGCAUUCUAUGAUGCCUACAUGCGCAAUAUGCAUGUCCGGGUCCGCCAUCGAGGAGAAACUCCAUAUUCGUGCCGUCACUGCACAGAAACCUUCGCCUAUGCGGGAGCUCGCCAAAAACACGAGAGCGAAGUCCACGGAGCUCCGCCCCGGACAAUUGUGCAGCGCAUUAACCCGAUGCCCAUGCCACGCAACGAUGGGAGGCACUUCUGUAAGCUGUGUCACAAAAGCUACGCCUCACAAUACGCCCUGCGUUGGCACUCAAAAACGCACACGGAUGGCCAAAUUUACAAAUGCGGGCAGUGCGACAAGAGUUACAAUGAUCCUGCUAAGCUGAAACGCCAUGAGAUGUCUCACGAGAAGAGGCCUCUGCAAUGCGAUGUCUGCCUCAAGGGAUUCUACCAGCGAACGCGGCUAAAGGAGCACGAACUUAUUCACACCGGCGAGCGACCAUACUGGUGUGAGAUCUGCAAUGUAAACUUCCGGUACAAGUACAACAUGAAGACCCACGCCAACACCAAAAUGCACAAGGACAAUCUGCAUAAAAAGAGGUCUAUUAAUGAAUUCGUCGUUGAAUAAAAAUGUGGUUGACUAUUCUUUA